AUCCUGCUUCUGGUUCUGUAGAAACAGCGACGGAACGGCGUCCCCUGACCUUUUCGUAGAAUCCGUCAACACUCUACCUGGACAAACCAGCGCGCUGGACAAAUAAGGCAGGAUACAAUCUACUUGAAAGCGUCAGAAGCGGGGGUGGCUCGGUAGUCAUGCCGGAUUUGUAGUGCCGACCAUAACUAUACUUGAUGCACCCAGACCGACUCAAACACGUUAACUGACUUGUAAGCGGAUCACACAUAACCGAAGCACAUAGAAAGGACCUGUGGCUCCACCUUACGAGCCCGUUUUGAUAACACGACCGCACACAUGCCGAUUCACACGGCGCGCCGGGGCGCCGCCUUGUUGCCCGCAACAGGACUUCUAUUUCUAUUGCUGGCAGCUGUUACAGAAGCGCAUCCUAACCUAUGGCCGUUGACAAGCUCACCGUGCGAUUCGCACCCGGCAGCAAACUAUAAAGGCCACGGCGCUCCAAAGCCGGACAGGUAUGUUGCUGCGACAUGCUUGUAUCACUGUAUAUCUGUGCCUGAAACCGCCAUGCGUUAACCUUGGCCACAUUGCAUCGUCCGCAGCGCCAUCGUGUUUGCUGUGACGCAAGGAACAACUGCGAAGACAGCGCUCUGUGCGGGUCAGACGUAUACCGUUACGGUGUCAUGGGGCACCUCCACGCGCGAGGCGCUGCUCACGGCCAGCCAGGGCAGCCUGGGCAGCACCGGAUCGUGGUGCGUGUCCGCCCGAACAAGAAGAACUACCUAACUCCCGCCGCGAAGCAAACAGCCACGCUGACCCUGCCCGCCACGGCUACCGGUAGCGUGGUACUCAAGGUCACGUGCGCCAGUGGCGAGUUCGACUACUUCCAUCAAAGCUCGGCUACCUUCGCCAUCGACCCGACCAGCUGUGCCGCGACGACCACGACUACGAGCUCCCCAGCCCCCGCGACCACCGGCGCCACCACCGCUAGCCCUGCGCCCACCACCUCAACCACCACCCCGACAGCCACCCCCAGCCCCAGCCCCGCCACCUCAACCGGCACCACCACUGGCACCACCACUGGCACCACCACUGGCACCACCACUGGCACCACCACCGGUACCACCACCGGCACCACCACCACUGGCACCACGAUUGAUACCACUGGCACCACCACCGGCACCAUCACCGGCACCACCUCCUCCACAUCCUCCAGCACCAGCGGAGGCAGCUUCAGCGGCGGCAAGACCUGCGUGACCUCGGACCUGGGCUAUGACUGCUCCCUGGCACUCAAAAGCGGCGCCGUGCUGCACUGGACCCCUGGCGGCGCCUCGCCGCCGCCCAACGCCUGCACCUCCGCCGCCACCGCCACCGCCUCCAGCUCCUCCUCCUCGGCGGACCUGGUGCACAUGGCGCUGUCGUCACCCCAGGCCGGCUACGUGUCCAUUGCCUUCGCGGCCAAGUCGGGUGUUAUGAGCCCGGCAAACGCGCUCAUCGGGCGCAUCGACGCCAGCGGUGCCGCGCUGGUCGAGGCCUACCCGCUUGAGGGGUACGACGUGGGCACGGCCGUGGCGACGUCAGCGUGGGGCGUGGAGGGCGCGGGCGUGGUGUUUACGAGCGCCGGCGGCACGGUGCUGUGUUUCUCCAUUCCCGCCAGCGGUCUGUCCGGAGUCGCGGGCCGUCGGCGUGGGCGCGCACUGGCGCAGGCGGCAUCCAACUUGGGCCUGGACGCGACCGCGCUGCAAGUGAACUGGGCCGUCAACGACUCGCCGGACCUGGUGACGCACAUGGCCAAGGGCGGCCUGCAGCUGAACGCCGUGUCGGGCUCAGCGGCCAUGGCGGCGGCGGAGAAGGAGAAAUUCGUGCAGGUGCACGGCGCACUCAUGGCCCUGUCCUGGAACUUUUUGCUGCCUCUUGGGUUGCUGCUGGCGCGACACCGCUGGGCACUCAACGGGGCUCGCUGCGCCAUGCCCACCGCCGCCAACGCCGACGGCUCGCCGGGCGACCUGUGCGCCAACAACCACUGCUGCGCCAAGGAGAUUUGGUUCUACCUGCACGUCAGCUGCCAGUGCGGCGGCCUGCUGCUAUUCCUCAUUGGCUUCAUCAUCGCGGUCGUGAAGCUGGAGGUGGAGGGAGACAUGGGCACGCCACGCGGCGCACACAAGGUGAUGGGCUAUCUGGUGGCGGCGCUGGCGGGGCUGCAGUUCGUGGUCGCCUUCAUCCGGCCCGCGCCCGGUGCGCCGCGCCGCCCCGUGUGGAACUUCCUGCACCACAACCUGGGCCGCGGUGCGCUGCUGCUGGCGUGGGCCACCGUGUACCUGGGUGUGUACCUGGCGCACCUGAGCUACGAGCAGGUGCUGGCCAGCUGGCUGACUCCUCUGGUGGCAGUGCUGGCGUGCGUGCUGGGCAUUGACGGCGCCCUGACGCUGGUGCGCGGGCCGCUUCUUCACGCGGUGGUGGCACACGCCGCCCGCCUGGCCAAGGUGGCAGAUGCGGAGAAGGGGGCCGCGGGAGGGCCGAACGCCAACUGCGGAGGCAAGAUGCCUAUGGCGGCCAAGGCCAACUCAAUGGGCCGUGUUGCGCCCAUGCCCCUGCUGCUGACGGCAACGCCGGACGGUAGCGACGGCAUGCGUCUGGGCGUGCCAGCGGCAGACUCCAUGUCGCCGCCUGUACCUACGGCGCCCAUGAUGCCCAACUGAAUAAACCAGCAUGCUGAAAGAUUGCUGCCUGGCCGGUAUUGGGGCUGAUGACACAUACAUACAGAUUGACAGGUUGUGGGCUUGGCGCUCUAAGCCAGAUACAGAUAAGUCCACCAAAGCUUGAUCACGUCAGCAGCUUGCUUACGUUUUAUCACCUAACCCAUUCGUUUUCCUAUAGUCAUUCCUUUACCUGGUUCGCUCCUUGCUUGGAGAUUGGUAGUCCAUGCGCUCAAACUAGCAUUUUUCCCCUGGUUACGGUAAGUACGAGACUCGUGAUGGGUUUCUUCGCUUCGAUUUUGAUGAGUGUGGCGGUUGCUCUGGAGCGUGUGUGUUUUAUGACGCUGCCAGCAGUUUAUGAUGGGGUAUAUACACAGGGGCGUGGGCAUGAAGACUCGUAUGCACACCCAGCAACACUGCACGUUGGGCGCUGAGCAUUUGUUCCUAGCGCCACAGUGCUUGUCGGCGGCGGAUGAGUGCACAACGCAUAUGGGUGCAUUCUGCACAUGCAGCUGCAUAUCCAUUCAUUGCAUGCAGGGGGGGCCUGCGCAUGAAAAGCGGUGAAGUGCCGCGUCCUCAGAAACGCUUUCUUGAGGUUUGCAAGCAAGCGAGUCGUGACGUGAGCUCGAUGUGCGCGAGGGGGCAUAUUCAAAGCCAGCACAUACAGGUGCAUUAGUAUCAAGCGGCGCAUGGGUGCGGUGAUAAAGGGUAUGAGGGGACACGGCUUGUUACUGCACGCUUGUUAUUCGUGUGACUUGUGCGUCCGGGGCGCGUACAGUUGUUACACACUUACACGUACGUGCUCUUUGGGAACGACGCUGAACUUGUCAGCCGCAAGGCGUGACGCUUCAUUAUAGAUGCUUUCCUGUGCUGACUGGGAGCAAUGGAUCAUGGCCCUGAAAGAGUGUCGUAUGCGUGUGAGAUUGCGGGCGGAUGUUGUCAUGGAUGCUGGCUUCUGCCGCUUAGAGUGGGCCGCCAGUGCCACUAUUAAAAGGGCACGAGACCCCGCGCACCCACGCCCCGCACCCCUGCCACAGUUGGCACGGUGCUGUGCUGGUUUAGGGAGACGUCUAAAGGACGCUAUAGAUGGCUGCUUCAGGUUGCAGUUGUUGAGAUGAACAGCAUGAUGCUGUGACUGCCAGUGGCGCGUGGGGCUGCGCCUGGCUGCCCCGGGGUGGCCCGGUUGGGCUACCGGUAAAUAAUAAAGAGCAGGUCGGUGUGCGGAAAUUUGCGUACAUACGUAUACUUGUAACGACACGACGUU